AUGUGGUUUCUCGAGCCCAACUCUGCUGAAGAGGAAAUUCUAGAGAAACUGGAAUCUCGACGUCUCAAACAAUUUGCCCAAGGAGAAGCUCUGGAGGCUCUUAGAGACUUGGUCAAGACGCAUAUAAAGCCUUGGGUUGAAGCCUGUUGCAAUUGCCGAGAGAUCAUGAGAAUUGCGGCCGUACGAUUGACCAUACAAGAAGCAUUAAUUUUGACUAGAAUGAUAACCAUCCGUUACCUAUGGGUCGAUGCAAUUUGCAUUGCCCAAUCCUCAGAAAACGAUGACUAUAGCGGAUUCCAAACGGAGGCAAGCAAAAUCCACUAUCAAAACGCGGAUGGUGCUUAUAGGAGUUUUCGCUUCCACCACGUAUACUUCAUUGGACCUCUUGUGGGCUAUACCGCGAAUGCCAAUUCUUCCUACUUUCUAGAAGGAAGUUUCAAGAAGUGGGAGACGUAUGGUUAUGCUGCUACUGCUACUCCUCAAGAUAUUCUAGCCAUGCCUGACGACAAACUCCUGACCCACGAUGACUGGCAUCGCUCACUUCGUUUGCUAUCGGAGAAAGGCUUAACCUUUUCCAAAGAUCGGGUAUACGCCAUCCAUGGUAUUGCUUGUCUCAUCAUAGAGCGACUCAAGGCUGAAUACUUUAAUGGCGUGUUCCGGCCAUAUCCUGCUCAAGGACUUGCGUGGAACUACUCCCCUUGGGGGUUCUUACGAUGCAUUGCCAGAUGUAUCCGUGGAACCUAG